AUCUCUUUUGAGCCCAGGAAUGGCUGAGAGACCUGGAUACAGAACAAACAUAAUAUCUGCGCCUUUGAAAGAAAUCCGAAAUUCUGUUUUCGGACAAGAAAGCUUUAUUCAAAAUCAAGAAGAAUUCAUGAACAAAGUUAAACCGCCAAAUCAGCCGAAUAAUGAAACAGAAACCAAAAAAUUGCCCGACACAACCACUCAGCCUACGCAACCUAGUAGCUACAAUCCUUUAACCGAUCCCUUGGGUCAUGAAUUGGUGAGACAAGGGGUGCUAUGCCGUCUAAUUGGACGUACCUUUGAUGAAACUUUCCACAUCGACGUAAAGAGUAAAGACGGUAAUAAAAUACGCGUCAGUACUGACAAUAAUAAUACCAGCAAUCAUAAUAAUAAUGAAGUGAUAUCGAACCUUAAGCAAGAAUGGAUUUUUGGAAGAAAUUCUCAUACAUGUACAUAUCUUUUACCCGUACAAAGUACCAGGAUUAGUAAUAAACAUUUUAAGCUUUGGAUGAAUAUAGAUAACGAUAACAACCAAAAUAACGGUACCGGAUCGAGCAGGCAAGAAAAUAAUUUGAUGAUUCAAGAUCUGUCAACUAAUGGAACCUGGCUGAAUAACUCGAAGCUAGUCCAAGGACGAAAUUACAUUCUUACUCAAGGUGACGAAAUUGCCAUUGGCAUUGGCAUUGAAAAGGAUGUUGCAAGAUUUGUAGUCCAUUUGCCGAAUGUGAUGUUAACAAAAAUGAUGGACGAGAACGGCUCAUUGAAGGCACUAUCAUUAGAAGAUAAAGGUGUCCAUAAAGAUUUCAUAAUAAGAGAUGAGAUAGUGGGUUCAGGUGCAUUUGCUACCGUGAAGAAAGCCAUAGAAAGAUCAACUGGAAUUACAUUUGCAGCUAAAAUAAUAUCCAAGAAAAAAGCGCUUGGAGGAAUGGAUGGAGUUUCAAGGGAACUUCAGAUUCUUAAAAAGCUAGAUCAUCCGGGAAUUGUCAGGCUGAAAGCUUUCUACGAAGACGAUGACAAUUAUUAUCUUGUGAUGGAAUAUAUUUCAGGAGGAGACUUGAUGGAUUUUGUAGCAUGCAAUGGAGCAAUCGAUGAGAGUGCAAGUCGUGAGAUUGCUAGACAAAUCAUGGAGGCUAUACUUUACGUUCAUUCAAAGGGAAUAUCACAUCGUGAUUUGAAACCUGAUAAUAUUAUGAUUGCUCAGGAUGAUCCUGUUGUUGUGAAGAUAACUGAUUUCGGUUUAGCUAAGAGUCAGGAGCAAGAGAGCAGAAUGAAAACCUUUUGUGGUACAUUAGCAUAUCUUGCCCCGGAAGUGAUUUCCAAUAAGAAGAAGCAAUCGAAUAACCGAAAGAGAUACCUUGGAAAUGGCCGUAUUACCGAAGAUUUGUAUUCAAAUAAAGUGGAUAUGUGGUCCAUCGGAUGCUUGCUGUUUGUUAUCAUGACGGCACAUUUACCUUUCAGUGGGUCAACACAAGAUAUUUUAUUCAAGCAUAUAACAAACGGGGAUUAUCAUGACAAGCUUUUGAGAAGUAUGGACAUUUCAAUUGAAGGUUGUGAUUUCAUCAGCAGGCUUCUUGAAGUUGAUGUUGCCCUUAGACUAAAUGCAGCACAAGCUCUACAACACCCCUGGUUCAACGAAACCAUUGAUUUUCCGUCCCAAGUCAGUCUUUCCCAGCAUCUUUCACAAAGCCAAAGAAAUGUAGGUAAGCAAAUACCCAAAAAAUUAGAACAAAACGAUACUGAUAACAAAAAGAGCAACAAUACACGAGGGAAGUUCAUGAAGGAUUUUAAGAUUCCGCAAAUACCUAAGGACAGAAAUAUGCAUGAAGACUCCAUGAAUUUUAUGGGGGCCUCUACAAGCCAGAUUGAGAACUCCCAUGCACUAUCGUCAUUAACGGAACGUCAGGACAUGGACUAUAAAAACUUUGAGGACGAGGCUUCUUCCAAGCCGAAUACCCCACAACAAAAAGGAACUUCUUCACCAUCUAGCCAAUCCAUGCUACUCCAGGCACGAUCUAAGUCACAAUCACAAUCACAUUCCCAAUCGAAAAUAAAGUCGCAGCCGAAACCGCCUCCAGCAACAUUUAUGUCACUUUCGAUUAUCCAGCCUGGGUCUCUCAAGACAAAGCUAUCAACCAUAUACAUACCACAAGGGACGCCUGCAUUUUAUAUCGGUCGAUUGGACAAUUUAAACGUCCAGAUGAACGAUGAACGUAUUUCCAAGAUCCAUUGCAUGAUUGUUAAGCGUAGACACCCAACAAAGGAUACCAGCAGUGGCACCUCGUCGAAUUCAAUUGUCAAUACGCCCUACAACCUAGAGAACAAUGGCUUUGACGAAAACGGAAUUUACUCGUCGCCGGCAAUGGGUCUCGACGAUGUAUGGUUGCUAGACUUCAGCACGAAUACCUGCUAUGUCAAUGGCAUGAAGAUAGGAAAGGGGAAGAAGAUUAAGCUACGGGACUGUGAUGUUCUGUCGUUGUUCGUCGACAAGAAACACGACUCCGAGUUGAAGUAUCUUAUACGGAUCGUUGACACGACUGGGUUGUAUAUCGACGAUGUUACUUCGAAUUUGGAGAGGAAGCGUGUGACGAUUGAUGAGAGCGACAGGAAACUGUUUGAGACGAAACUGAAAGAGGGGCUCAAACAAGUUGAGGUGCAUGUCAUGCAAAGGAAACGUAAGCCAGUGGAGUCGAUUGCGGAGCAUCCAAACAAGCGAGUCAAUGUAUGACGUUCAUGAUAACGGGGUGAGUGAUUAGUGUGCGGAAAGUGUAGUGUUGUUUAAAUAACAUAAAAAUUUUAAUGUAUAGACUUAGAUAAAUAUAUACACAUAAUUAGUAAUAACAAUAACCCAUGAGUAAGAUGAAGGUAAGAUAAGA